UGACACCGAUGGAAGUUACACGUGUACUUGUAGCGCGGGAUACCAAAGAGAUGGCUUUACUUGCAUAAAUGUAAAUGAAUGCAAAAUGGAGUUGAACAAAUGCGAUACAAAUGCCAAAUGUUUAGAUACUGACGGAAGCUAUAAGUGUACAUGUAAUGAAGGAUUUACAGGAGACGGAUUUAGUUGCGUAAACAUAAAUGAAUGCAACAUGGAUUUGAACAAAUGUGAUACGAAUGCUAAUUGUUUAGAUACUGACGGGAGCUAUAAGUGUACAUGUAAUGAAGGAUUUACGGGAGAUGGCUUUAGUUGUACAAACGUAAAUGAAUGCAACAUGAAUUCGCACAAAUGCCAUUCGAAAGCCAAGUGUUUAGACACCAAAGGGAGCUACAAGUGCAUUUGCAAUCAUGGAUAUAUUGGAAAUGGGGUCCUUUGUAAAACAAAGACUCAUACAUGCCACAACAACGCGAACUAUAUACAUGGAACAAGGAUAUGUCGGUGCUUACCUGGCUACAUUGGUGAUGGUUAUGAUUGUGUAAAUAUCGAUGAAUGCAAAAGUGAUCCCGAUAUUUGUAAUGAAAAUGAAGAAUGUUUAGAUACUGAAGGAAAUCAUAUGUGUAAAUGUAAAAUGGGAUAUGACCGGGGAGAUUGCAAUAAUUGUUCUUGUUCUAAUAUAAAUGAAUGUCAAAAUGAUUCUAAUGAAUGUGACAAAAAUGCAGAAUGUAAAGAUACGGAGGGAAGUUACAAUUGUUCCUGUGGAGAUGGAUACUCGGGUGAUGGCUUUACUUGUACAAAUAUAGAUGAAUGUGAAGACGGAACAGCUGAGUGUGAUUCAAAUGCUAACUGUUUGGAUACUGAAGGGAACUAUACUUGCACAUGUCGAGAUGGUUUCAAGGGUGAUGGAAUUACGUGUGUGAACAUAAACGAAUGCAAUACGGAUGCCGAUGCAAAUCCAUGCAAUUUAAAUGCAGAAUGUGAGGAUACGCCUGGAAGUUAUGUAUGUAUUUGUCACACCGGGUAUUCGGCAGAUGGACUUACAUGUUUGAAUGUAGAUGAGUGUAGCGAUGACUCCAAUAAAUGUGAUGAAAAUUCAGAGUGCUCCGAUACAGAUGGAAACUACACUUGCAUUUGUAAUGAGGGAUUUCAAGGAGAUGGUUUUAGUUGCGUAAACAUAAAUGAAUGCAACAUGGAGUUACACAAGUGCGAUACGAAUGCUAAUUGUUUAGAUACUGACGGAAGCUAUAAGUGUUCAUGUGAUGUAGGAUUUACGGGAGAUGGCUUUACUUGUGUAAACAUAAAUGAAUGCAACAUGGAUUUGCACAAAUGUGAUACAAAUGCCAAAUGUUUAGAUACUGACGGAAGCUAUAAGUGUUCAUGUGAUGUAGGAUUUACGGGAGACGGCUUUACUUGCGUAAACAUAAAUGAAUGCAACAUGGAGUUGAACAAAUGUGAUACAAAUGCCAAAUGUUUAGAUACUGACAGAAGCUAUAAGUGUUCAUGUGAUGUAGGAUUUACGGGAGACGGCUUUACUUGCGUAAACAUAAAUGAAUGCAACAUGGAUUUGCACAAAUGUGAUACGAAUGCUAAAUGUUUAGAUGAUGAAGGAAACUAUACGUGUACUUGUAAUGAAGGAUUUACGGGAGACGGCUUUAGUUGUGUAAACAUAAAUGAAUGCAACGUGGAUUUACACAAAUGUGAUACGAAUGCUAAUUGUUUAGAUACUGACGGGAGCUACAAAUGUAGAUGUAAAGGUGGGUACUCGGGGGACGGAUUCAAAUGUAUCAAAGAGAAAAGUAAAGUGACUAAUAAGUGCGACAAAAAUGGAGAAUAUAUCCAAGGAACCCAUAUAUGUCGAUGCAAAUCAGGAUAUAUUGGGGAUGGCUUUAAUUGCACAAAUGUUAACGAAUGUAUAUAUAAUUUCAAUACAUGUGAUAAAAAUGAAGUUUGUUUGGAUACCGAAGGAAGUUACACAUGUGAAUGUAAAAAGGGAUAUGUAAAAGAUGAUUUAAUGUGUACAAAUGUUAAUGAAUGUAACAGUCAUCUAAAUAAAUGCGACAUUAAUGCAAAGUGCAUUGAUACAGAAGGAAGUUACUCAUGUGUCUGUCUAAGUGGGUUUUCAGGAGAUGGGUUCACAUGUACACCCUCUGAGAAAAAGGAAUUAACUCAAAGGUGUGACAAAAAUGGAGAAUACGUUCCCAGUACCAGGAAAUGUCGGUGUUCACCAGGUUAUGUUGGAGAUGGCUUUAGUUGCGUUAAUAUCAAUGAGUGUACAACUGAUCAUGACCCAAGUACUUGUGGUACAAAUGAAGUUUGCACCGACACCGAGGGAAGCUACACUUGUGAAUGUAAAAAGGGAUAUAUUCGGGAUAUCUUUAGUUGCAUCAACAUAAAUGAAUGUAACGAUUAUUCAAAUGAAUGUGAUCGAAAUGCUGAGUGUAAAGAUACAGAGGGAAGCUACACAUGUGAGUGUAAUACUGGAUUUAAAGGUGAUGGCAUGGCAUGCACGAAUAUAAACGAGUGUAAAGAUAGGUCCAAUAAGUGUGAUAAAAACUCCCAGUGCUUAGAUACACCGGGUAGUUACAAAUGUGUUUGUAAAGAUGGAUACUAUGGGGAUGGGUUCACAUGCGUGAAGGGAAGAGAUGAGUGUACGGAUGGGACACAUACAUGCGAUGAAAAUGCUAAAUGUAUUGAUACCACAGAUAGUUACAUCUGCAGGUGUCUCCCUGGAUUCAUAGGGGAUGGCAGAUCGUGUGAUCAAUUGAAGCUAGAGGACGAGAGGAAUGAGGGUAACUCGAAAUGUACAAUAAAGUGUCAUGAAAAUGCCUCUUGUGAAAACUUCAAUGGCCGAUAUUUUUGUAGAUGCAAUCCUGGAUAUUUUGGGUCUGGAUUUAUGUGCAGA